AUGAAAAUGCUCAGAACCAUUAUUUGGGGAACGGCAGCUGUUGCCCAUCUUGCCCUUGGAGCAGCGCUCUCGUGCAAUUCCACCGCUCCAGUUGCGGUCCAUCCAAUCCCUGCCGGAAUCGCAAGUCGAGAUACAUACUCGGUCAGCGUGCGCUCCCUGAACAGGCGCCAUCCGCAGCAUUACCCCGUCGACCCCUUUCUGUUCACCGUUGCCGAGGCAAACAUCACGACCGGCGCCAACAUCCUUCAUGACACGUCUGUCGCGGCAUUCGACUUCUGCGGCCCCAUUGAGGUUUCGGUGACCUACAACAACGGCCCCAUCGACACGGCAGAGAUACGCCCGCACUCCUACAACAUCAGCCCCCGAGUCCAUGGAAGGACAAUCAAGUUCACCCUCGACGCGCCCAAGCAUGUGGUCGUCCAGGUGAACAACGAUAUCUGGGACGUGCUGCAUCUGUUCACCCACGCGAUCGAGACCAAUCCACCGGCUCCCUCUGAUCCAGCCUAUCUGUACUUCAGCCCCGGAAUCAACAACCACACCAUCGCGGCCAAUCUCACCGACCGCCAGCUCCGAGUCCCCGCGGGGAAGACAAUCUACGUCGCCCCGGGGGCCACCGUCAGCCUCACCCUCGUCUUCCAAAAUGUCUCCAGCACCGGGAUCCGCGGCCGCGGACUCGUGCGCACAGGCGGGAUCCGGAUCCGCAACUCAACGGACAUCCUCAUCUCCGACGUGCUCCUCUUCAACAGCAACGUGGCCACAUACAUGUCGUCCGACGUGACCGUGCGCGGAAUCCCCUCCAUCUCGUCGGGCAAAUGGGGCGACGGAAUCGACUUCUACUGCAGCCGCAACGGCCUCGUCGACAACGUCUUCCUGCGCAAUUCCAACGACAACGUCGCCCUCUACCAACACCGCGACGAUGCCUUUGGCAACUCCAGCAACAUCACCAUCCAGAACGCCGUCCUCUGGGCCGACUACGCACACCCCAUCAACAUCGGCACGCAUGGAAAUACCCCCAACCCGGAGGUCAUGGACGGGGUUGUGAUCCGCAACAUCGACGUCCUCGACCACCGCGAACGCCAAAUGUGGUACCAGGGCUGCCUCUCCAUCAACGCGGGCGACAGCAACCUGAUCCAGAAUGUGCAUGUCGACGGCAUGCGCGUGGAGAACUUCCGCGACGCCCAGCUAGUGAACCUGCGCGUCAUGAACAAUACGAAAUACAGCACCUCCCCGGGGCGGGGGAUCCGCAACGUCUAUAUCAAGGAUUUGUCGUAUCGGGGGAGCAACGCCAACCCGUCGCUGAUCCUGGGGUAUGACGCCACGCACAAGAUCUCGAACGUCACGUUUGAGAAUCUGGUUGUCAAUGGGGUGGUGGUUUCGGAUACGAUGGUGAAACCGAGCUGGUAUUAUACGGCGGAUUUGGUGCCAAUGUUUGUAAAUGAACACGUAGAGGACUUGAAGUUUAUUGCCUCGUAG